UCCUCACUCCCCACACAUCAGAACUCCCCUCGCUCUCUUGGUCUGCCGUGCGAGGCGUGGGGCCUGGGAGGAAGGGCAGCGCGCCUUCUGUCCAUGCUCAGAGGCACUCCCUCUUCCCGGAGGGUUUGCUCGCUUGUCCGUUUGCAAGGCGCUCUCUUCGUAUAUGUGUGUGGUGGAGAGGAAAGCCAAGCCACUCUCAGCACGCCCAGAGGGGAGGGGAUGGGCGGCCCUUCUCGGGUUGCGUCUCCAGGGGGCGGCUCGAAAGGCUCCUCCUCCUCUUUCCCUUCCCUUCCUCCUUCGCCGGCGCCGCCCGCCCUGCGGCCGGCCCACCCAUCCCGGCAGGCGGAGCCAGGCGAGGCCGAGGCUCUGGAACGGGCCUAGUCGAGCAUGCUGCUGGCGGCGGCGGCGGCGGCGGCUGCUCUGAGGGGGCCCCUCGCGGGGCUCCUCCCUCCGCAUAGGGGCCUCAGCCUCUCCGCCCCACUGGGGACGGUGAUCGUGGAGCGGUGGUGGAAGGUGCCGUUGGCCAAGGAAGGCCGCCAGCCCCGGAUGAAGCACCGCCGGUACAAGGUCUACCGCCUGGUGGAGGACACCAAGCAUAGCCCGAAGCAGCCGCUGGAGCUCAUCCUCACGGAGAAUGUGGAGGAUGUGGGAAACCGUGGUGACAUCGUCUCUGUGAAGAAGUGGUUUGGUCGCAACCAUCUCCUUGCCAGAAAUUUGGCUGUCUAUGCCUCCCCUGAAAACAAGAAGAUAUAUGAAGAGGAAAAGCGAUUACGCGAGGAAGGGAAGCUGCCGAAACUCCAAACCCACACUGGCGUCAAGACAGUCCGGUUCCUGCAAAACUGCUGCCUGGAGAUAGGAGUCAAUGACUGCAAGCACUGGGAACUGACCAAAGAGAUUGUGGCCCGCCACUUCCUCCGGAACCUCCAGGUCAUGGUGCCCCUGCACACCUUGAAGUUGCCAGAGAAGCCCAUCAGAGAGUUGGGAGAUUACUGGUGUGAAGUCACGAUUAAUGCAUUCCAGUUGUUUCUACACUGCCUUUCUACAUCGGGUGUGCUAGGAGUGACUCACGAUCACACUGUAAUGCAGAUUUAUUAUAGAAAUCUCUAUAAAGCCGGAAAGCAGCCGUAAAAAAUGGAAUAUGAAAGGCUAGAUUCAGUAAGUGUUGAGUCAUGUGUAAUGAGCUUUGUGCGUGCAAGAGGUUGGUGUGAUCAAUGGAAAUCCAAAACUGCCAACAGCUACCAAGUGUCACAGCUUGCUUCACCUGUUCCUUUUUAAAAAAAAGUAACUUUUAUGCUUAUUCUAAUGCACCUGUUGCGUGGACUGCUUGUACUGCCUAUUGCUCUGCUUUUGGAUCCAUUCUUAACCUAUUAAGCAUGGCCGUCUUUCCUCCUUUCCUUGGCAUGCGGUGCGUUGGUUGCUAGACAUGCAAAUAGAUCUGCAAGGAGGGUGGGGAUUGGUGCCUUGGUUCUACCCUUUCCCCUUUCCUUGGCAUGAGGUGCAUUGGUUGCUAGACGUGCAAAUAGAUCUGCGAGGAGGGUGGGGAUUAGUGCAUUGCUUCUGCCCAUGAACUUCUUGCAUGGAGUACAGCCUGUUGCUUGCCUCUGUGUUUGCAUCCAUUCUUAACUUUUUUGCUUCCAAUCCUGUUAAGCAUGGCCAUCUUUCCCCCUUUCCUUGGCAUGAGAUGUGUUGGUUGCUUAGCAUGCAAAUUUAUCGGAGAGGAGAGUGGGGAUUGGUGUGAUGGUUGCCGAUGGGGAAGAGAAGGCCCAGGUGGUAUUGUGCUUGUGCUAGAAUAGAGUUGGCCUCUGCAGGCCAGUGUGAGUAGCGUAGUUGUCUCUUUCCCCCUGCGCCUCGAGAGAGCAGGACUCCCCGGUGGGACGGUUCUUCCAUGUCUGCUUC